UGUUGAAUAUACCGCAAAUGAGUUCAAACGACGGACACGAAACGCACGAGGAUCAAAGCCGGCUUGUGAUCGGCGUGCCAAUUCCGCGAACGAGGUUACGCAACGGGCUGAUAAAAUGACAAAAAAGUAAUCAUCGUCGGAGCGAUACAUCUGCUCCUUAUCUGCCGCGUUCGUGAUUCACUCGAUAUCGUGAAGUACGUACUUGGUGCGCGCAGCAGGUUAUUGGAGGGACCUGUCGAGUGCUGUCGAGUAACCUUCGUACAAAGUGCAAAGCUCGCGUGCAGGUUUUGGGUUAAGCGUGCUCACCAUGUGAGAUGGUGGAUUUCGGCACGCUCAAUUAGCACGCCCGUCGCAUAAUUGUUAGGUUCCAGGUGCAAGUUGAAUAACCACGCUGGUUAAUCACACACUUUUACAUCAUGUUUCAAAAUAUAGAUAAGGAAUUAGUUCCCAUAAAGGCACAUUAUUUUCUUUACAAUGCUGCAACGGGACCAGUAGUGCAAUUUUUACCGCUAAUUGGCAGACAACUGGGUUUUACUGCGACAUUAGUCGGAACGAUAUACACAAUAUUACCGAUCUCCGGUCUCAUCGCGAAGCCACUAUUUGGCACUCUGGCCGACAAGUUCAGAUUGCACAAGACUUUUUUCUUGUUAUUCCAAGCUAUACUGGCGAUAGCCUUCUUCACUGUUUACUUUAUACCUGAACUAGACAGGAGCGCGAAUAUUAUUCUUGUCUGUGACAAGAAUGUACCAUUCUUAGAGAUUUGUCCACAGCACGAGUUCUCAAAGGAAACGUUGGACGGUGUGAUAACGGAAAAUAUAUAUUCCAGUUCACUUUGCAGGUUGUCCUGCAAGGGAACACCUAAUGGCUACAUAGAACUGUCUGGCAGGAAUAUUUCCAUUAACAGCACAUUCGAGUUUGGUGCAGAGUUUGACAUAUCACAAGAUUUACUUACGAAGGGCUGCGUAGACGUAAAGGUGCACAAGAUUUUCGAUACCACUGCGCAUUUUCCAGUAUGCGGUAGCCAGCUGAGGACUUCGUGCGUGGCAACGUGCCACAAUAAUAGCCAGUUUAAUAACCUUCUGCGAGAGGCGAAGGACUCGCACAGCGAUACGAUGCAUUCCACGUAUCAAUUCCAAAUGUUCCUGUGGGCGGCCAUAGUAAGCUGGGUCGGUAUGGCUGUCGUGGUCAGUAUAGCCGAUGCCAUCUGUUUCGAUCUUCUUGGUUACGAAAGGAGGAACAAUUACGGGAAACAGAAGAUGUGGGGUAGCAUCGGUUUCGGUAUCUUCGGUAUAAGCACGGGCUACCUGGUGGACGUUCUCAGCGAGGGCCAGAGCAAGAAGGAUUACACGUGCAUAUUUUACAUCAUGCUAGUAGCCAUGAUCCUCGACAUCGUCGUCUCCGCGACAUUGAGAAAAAGAAAUGCAGAACGCUCCGCGGAACCGUCGUUAUUCUGGGAGCUGUUGAACGUUGUCAAAGAAGGAAGGGUAUUGUCGUUUGCCUGGUGGUGCGUAGGUGCUGGCAUGUGUACAGGUGUCAUAUGGAACUUUCUGCUCUGGUAUACCGAAGACCUCACCAUCGGCUCGCACGUCGAGUGGAUAAAAACUUUACAGGGCCUCAUGACUGGCGUUCAGUGCUUCCUAGGGGAGCUACCGUUCAACUUUAUGUCGGGCAUCGUGCUGAAAAAGCUCGGCCACAUCAACGUCAUGAGUCUUGUGUUGGUUACUUACGCAAUUAGGUUUAUGGCGUACAGCAUCGUAUCAAAUCCUUGGCUGUUCUUAAUCCUCGAGUUGCUCCACGGACCCUCGUUUGGCUUGUGUUGGCCGACAAUGGUAUCCUACGGUGACAAAGUAACACCGUCUGGCACAAAAGCUACCAUGCAAGGCUUCAUUGGUGCCGUUUUCGAGGGAAUUGGAGUGGCAAGCGGCAGUUUUAUAUGUGGUCGGUUGAUAGACGCAUAUGGAGGCGUCGUAACGCUGAGAAUUUUUUCAGUGGGUGCACUCUUGUGGUUAAGUGUAUUUUGGUUGGUGGAACUCUUAAUGAGGAAGAUGAAGGCCUAUCCGUUGGCUCAAGGCCAUAAUCAUUUAGCGAAUUAUGCCAAUCCAGAUGACGCUAUUCUCAUGACGAUAAGUCAAGAAUUACAAACCUAUUAACAAAAAGCUAUAUUUUAACGAAUUCUUAUUUAUGUGUAUAUAUAUAUCCAUAUAUAUGUGUAUAUAUAUGUAUGUAUGUGUAUAUAUAUAUAUAUAUACAUAUCGUAUACAUAUAUAUAUGACGUGAAAAUAUUGUCAUAAUUGGAAUUGAACAAGUUUAACAUCUUUCACUGAUUGAAAGUGUAUACUCAAAGAAGAGAACUCUUUAUCAUCGUGAUAGCUUUUUGCAAUAUUGAGAAGGAAUUUUCAUUAGUCAGUAUUAUAUCAUAACUGUAAAUUAUGUUGCGUACAUGUUUUCAUUUGUAAUAUAUACUUUUAACUAAUAUAUACUUUUCUAAACUAUGUAUAUAUAUAUA